AUAUAUAUAUUAGCAGACUCUACAAGAUCGAAAAAGACACAUCAGGUAGAUUCAACCCAAUCACCAUGCUUGCCAAAACUUUCUUCCUUUGGACUGUACUUCCGUUGGCCAUCUAUUCCGUAUUCAACCAUCUUUUUUACACUUGGCUCCCAAAUAAUUAUGUAUUUGAUAAAGAUGUAUUAGCUGGUCUUGCUAGAGAAACUAUUGCCAAUCACCCAGACGGAAAUGCCACUGCCAUCAUGUUGGAACUUGCUCCUAAGCUCAAGGCUCAAUAUGGUGACAUUGUCAACGAUUUAAACUUCGACGAUUGGGUCUACAAUAACGCUGGUGGUGCUAUGGGUACCAUGUUCAUCUUGCAUGCUUCAAUCUCUGAAUAUUUGAUUUUCUUUGGUACUGCAAUUGGUACUGAGGGUCAUACAGGAAUUCAUUUCGCAGAUGAUUAUUUCACCAUUUUAACUGGUGAACAAAAAGCUGCAUUCCCUGGUGCUCUUACCCCAGAAGUUUACUUACCAGGUGAUGUUCAUCACUUGGUCAAGGGUACCGCUAAGCAAUACUCCAUGCCUAGUGGUGCAUUUGCCAUGGAGCUUGCCCAAGGUUGGAUUCCUGCCAUGUUGCCAUUUGGCUUCUUGGACACCUUGAGUUCCACCCUUGAUUUCUAUGCCUUCGGUAGAACCGUCUACUUCACCGCCUUAGACAUGGGAAGAAACUUACUCUUGGGGAAGUUUUAAGUAGACUCACU